CCACGCUUUCACUGAAUCGAUCGCCGAGAACUUGAAGUCGUCAACUAGUAGUUACCCAGGCUUUGAACGAUGUCUUCUAAAGCCCUUUUUGUGAUUGUCUUGGGGAUCCUUUUAGCCAGUACUUGUUUUGUAAUGUCGUCUAAAAGAAAACAAAAGUUAAAAACCUGGAGAGGUCUUGCAAAGUGUCUCCAGAUAGCCGGUGCAGGUACUGUUCGACGCACAAACGCUUCCUUCGCAAGUGACGUUCUGCGCUUCAUUCACCGGAAUGGUUACCUCAUCGUGCCACCAUCAAAUCCUCCAACACCUCAACAAAUAAUUGUACCGCCUUUAUCAAAGACUCCUGGAAAGAACAGGAGAGACCUCCGCUCCUCCGUUAAGCAGCGUAGUUCCGAUAGAUGUCCAUUCAACAUGACAGUUGUUGAUUUUGUUAACACCGUUCCGAGGUUUCUGAGCAAAGCCACUUGUGAUGGUUGUGAUGCACGCUGUAAGCCCGUGAUGUACACUCAUCAGGUAUUAUUUAACAAAUGCAGUGACUACUGGAUGUGGACGGAAAAGACACUGGAAGUCGCCUUUGUCUUGUAGAUGGAGGACUAAC